AUGAUGACUAUGGACAUCGGGAUGUACAAUAACCAGAAUGGGUACAACGCUGAGUACUACCAGCAGGGAUCUUACCAGACUCCCUACGAGGGCUACCACGAGGGUUAUUAUGAGCCGACCGCCUACUACGAGCCGAUACUGCACGGCCAAGCUCAUGAGACGACUCCGGUUAUUAGCACAGACACAGGGCUGUGUUAUACGAACUUGGACUAUGGUGAAUUACCACAAUCCUAUCCCAUUCAGCCGAUCGCCCCACACCCAGAGACAUUUAAGCAUAGAGAAGAAGCGCCGAGGCAUGAAGAUAUGCUACACGAACACAAAAUAGACAAUCAUUACUUAGAAACUAAAUAUAAUAUGCACUUUGUGGACGAUUCCAUGCAGUACAACCAUGGGUCGCCGCUACCGUGCGGAGAGUUUGAAGUACCUUAUGUCCCUAAGGAGGAGUUUGCGAUGAGGGAGUUCCCUAGGGAAGGGGAUAUGCAGCACCACGUGAAUCAUCAGACCCACCCCCAGCAUGCCGUACCUACGUAUAAGUGGAUGCAGGUCAAACGGAAUGUACCCAAACCCGCAGUACCCAAGCUGAUGAUACCUCCAGCGGACUUCGUUAAUCAAGGUGUCCUUGGAAGUCCACAGGAUGGCAUCCGAACACCCACCGGUAGCCAGAUGCUUGCAAACCCCAUCCUUAACCUGAAUAAUACAGGCCGAACCAACUUCACCAACAAACAACUAACGGAGCUCGAAAAAGAAUUCCAUUUCAACAAAUACCUUACGAGAGCGAGAAGGAUAGAAAUAGCCUCCGCCCUACAGCUGAAUGAGACACAAGUCAAAAUCUGGUUUCAGAACCGACGGAUGAAACAAAAGAAAAGGAUCAAAGAAGGCCUCAUAGUGGCUCCUGAAGUUACGCCUUCCACCUCACACGCCAUUGGAUCCAAUGAGAAUAGCCGGGAGUCGAGCUAG